GGUGUAUAUAAGGAGGAGGAGAGCCUGGACAGGGCUGGAAGAAGUUUUAGGAAUUGGAGACAGAAGGGGACAGAUCUCCUCCUCAUCUCUGCUCUACACUCACCCCAAUACAGGAUUUGUACCCCCCCCCUAUCCCAUCUGACUGAGGAGCCCCCCUAAACACAGAUAGCGCCCCCCUGAGCUGUGACAUUUCUCUGCUCCCCCUGUGGAAUGCCCUCUGGGAUGUUCAGCAUUGACAACAUUUUGGCUGCCAGACCUCGCUGCAAGGAGUCCCUUCUUCUCCCCCAGAAUGGACCUAUGAUCUUCCCCAACCUUGGGGAGUCCCUGUAUGGGGGGACCGACUAUGGAGGAUUUUACAACCGGGCUGUGGCCCCCUCUUCCACCCUACAGACUGUCAGUGGCUCCAGGCUGGGAUUCAACAACUAUUACUAUGGACAGUUACAUGUACAGGGUCCUGUGGGGCCCUCCUGCUGCGGGGCCAUACAGCCCUUGGGGGCCCAGCAAUGUUCCUGCGUACCUACAGCAACAGGUUAUGAGGGGGCAGGCUCUGUGUUGAUGCCCCCAGUUCCCCAUCAGAUGCUGCCGUACAUGAACGUGGGCACACUGUCCAGAACGGAGCUUCAGCUUCUCAAUCAGCUUCACUGCAGGAGGAAGAGGAGGCACAGGACCAUCUUCACCGACGAGCAACUGGAAGCUUUGGAGAACCUUUUCCAGGAGACCAAAUACCCAGACGUGGGCACCAGGGAGCAGCUGGCAAGGAGGGUCCACCUGAGAGAAGAGAAAGUAGAGGUCUGGUUCAAGAACCGCAGGGCCAAGUGGCGUAGACAAAAGCGCUCUUCCUCCGAAGAGUCCGAAAAUGGACAAAAAUGGAAUAAAGGAUCCAAACCUUCUACAGACAAGGCAGAGGAACAGGGCAAAAGUGAUCUGGAAUCAGACAGUUGACCCCCUGGCGGCAUUGGGGCCAAGGUCCUUGGACUUGGCGCAGGAGGAAGCGCCCUUUGCACACUUUCUUUUUUGGUGGGAUCUGUACAUAGAGUUGUAUAUUUACCUGUAAAUAUUACAUGUGUGUUGCAGACAUAUUGCACAGCUAUACACUGUACUGAAUGUGCUAUUUAUACCUUAAGUUAAAGGAAUCACAAAAAUAAAACGAUGGUGACUUCACCAUUUUCUCUGUAA